AUGAACUUUUUAAAAGUCACAGGAUUCUUUUCUCCAGAGAGCUUCUACUCUCUUGAAACAUCAAUUGGGUCAGAGAAAGAAUGGGUAUUUACAUUGUGGACAAACACAACUCCUCCAAGACCAGUGUCGUGCAAAAUGACAAACGAAUGCUACAAAUCGCUCGGGGAUGAGCUGGUCCUUGUCCAAGACGAUCUGUAUGACCUGACGGUCGGCGGCCAAUUUCUAAAGUAUGCUUUUAAUGGAAGUCUGGACAGCCCUCCUUCUGCCUGCUCAACAAACAGUCUGAUUCUUGUGACCGAAUACGCCCACCUGAAGCCUAAAAGCUUCAUGUUGACUGCAAUGCUGAUUACAAGAAACCGGAUGCCUAUAAUCCACCGCAUCGAACAUCUGCCCAGAGACGACAAAAGGGCCCUCACGACCGUCAUCGUCCUAAAGCUCUGUGUCUGUAGCUCAAAGAACCGAGACGACAGCCAAGAACCAGAAGGAUUGGCUCCCGAAUCAACUCCCGGAUCGACUCCCGGAUCAACUUGCCGCGAUCCAGUCCUAGUGUCCGCGGUAAUUUCUCCAACACAAAAAGAAAAAGAAAAAGAAUUACUACUCUUACUACACCAACAACAACAAAAACAGCAAUUACAAGCCCAAGCCCAAGCACAAUUACAAUUACAAUUGCAAGCACAAGCACAAGCACAAGCACAAGCACAAACACAAACACAAUUACAAACACAAACACAUAGACCAAUCGCAUCUAUCCUGAGAACCGAAUUCAUGUCCAAGUAUCCACUAGGCCGUUCAACAAGGUUGAUAGGCAGUAGAUAA